AUGAACCCCCCGCCCAAUUCUGCGCGGCCACGGCCGCAGGGCGCGCCCGCCACGCCGGGCACCAGCGGCAGCCGCGUGCCGCCACAAACGCUCCACCAGGCGGCGGCCAAAACACCCCCCCUACCGGCGGCAGGCACGCCGUACACAGCCGAGGAGGCGCGGCGGAUCCAGACGCAGCUCAACCGCGUGUUGGGCCCCGAGUACGUGAGCUGCCGGCCCGGCGGCGGCGGACAGAACGUGUCGUACAUCGAGGGCUGGAAGGCGCUCAACUUGGCCAACGAGAUCUUCGGUUUCAACGGCUGGAGCUCGCAGUUGGUCAGCGUGCAGGUGGACUACUUGGACUCGCACGGCGGCGGGCGCGUGUCGCUCGGGCUCUCGGUGGUGGUGCGCAUCACCAUCCGCGACGGCACGUUCCACGAAGACUUUGGCUACGGCAACAUCGACAACGCCAAGAACAAGGCCAUGGCCUUCGAGAAGUGCAAGAAGGAGGCGUUCACGGACGCGUUGAAGCGGUGCCUCCGCUGCUUCGGCAACGUGUUGGGCAACUGUCUCUACGACAAGGGCAUCGUGGCCAAGAUGCAGAAGGUCCGGCUCCCGCCGCUCGAGUUGGCCUGGGACGACUUCCACCGCGACCCGCUCGUGGUCAAGCGCGAGGCCGCGCGGGCGGCCCGCGCCGCCGGCCCGACCGGCGCGCCGGAGACGGGCCCGCCACAGCCUACAUUAUCCUCGGGCGGCCCGGCCCUUCCUGCGCCGAGCCCGGCCCCCGCCCCCGCGGCCAAGCCGGCGCCUGCCAGCGGCACCGCGGACCGCCCCGCUGCCCCGGCCUUGCCGCCGGCAUUGGCGCACGAGUACGCCCUAGACGACUUCGACGAUCUGUUCAUGUUCAGCGACGAGAUCGGCCCUGCCGACGGCGAGACCACGGGCACUACCAUGGACGCCGAGGCGGCGCCCGCCACGCCCGAGCCCGGCGCGAGCGCGCCGGGCCUGGUGUUUUUCACCAGCUCGAAAAAGGCCUUGGACGUGCAGAAGGCGUCCUGCCAGGCCGACAUCCCCGUGUACGACCACAAGUUCAUUGCGCGCAGCGUCAAGCGCACGGUGGACCCGUCGCGGUCCACGAAGAUCCGCCGGGCCGACCUUCCGCCCGCGCACUCGCCCAGCCAGCCCAGCGCCAGCCCGGCCCCGUCCCCCAUGGCCGUGCCAGCCGCAGCGCCAGGCAAGCGCCCGCUAGGCAUGCCCCCGUCCCAGCGGCCGUCCUCCAAGAGGCUCCACAGGGCCGUGGCGGAGCCCGGCGAGCAGGAAAACGACAUGCGCGUGUCGUAG